AGCGGCGGCUCGCCAAGGACAACCAAUACUCCUUAUACUAGCUCAUACUUCGAGCCACUGGUGGACCGCCCAAUGACGACGCGACCAGAACACACUCCAUACCAACUGCGCGCCUUAAUUAUUGACUAUCUCAUUCAUCAUGGACACAGCUCGACAGCUCGAGCGUUCGCGGAGGGAAGCAUGAUUCAACCCAAGCUGGAUGCAGACGGAGACGAGAUCAUGCGAGUAGCUGACUCCCUGGAUCCGCUGUUGUCCGAUGAAAUGUUCACGCAAGUGGAACUGCGCCAACGCGUCCGGCAAUGCAUCGUCUCCGGACAGGUGGCAACCGCUAUCGAACUCGUCGAGCUCCACUUCCCUACCGUUCUGUCCGCAUCGCCUCCUACGACACUACCCAAGUCGUUGACCGGCACCACGUUCAUUGCUCCCACGACACUCGACCCCGCGCAUCUCAGCCUGAACCUGCGCAUACUAGCUUUCAUCGAGGCGUUGCGCAGUGCGCUGGAUCUUAUACGCGACCAGUCCACGCCAAUGAAGGAGGACGACCCUCAGAUCAUGGGCCUGUUUUCCAAGGCGAAGAAGCUGCGCGUUCUUGUGUCUAUGUUGACCCAUCCGCACGAGCGAGCCGACUACGACAAGGAGGUGGAGAACGUGAUUGCUCUGCUUGCAUACCCCGACCCGGAAGCCAGUCCUGUCGCCAAGUACCUCAGCCAGGAGCGGCGAGAAGCCGUGGCCAAUCAGAUCAACACCGCGAUUCUUUACCGCACGGGGUUCCCGGCGACAUCCAAGCUCGAACUCUCGGCGCGGUACACCUCGACGCUGUGGUCGUUCCUGCACGACUUGCGCGUCAAGCCCCGGCCAGGCGCUCCGCUGCCACCAGCGGGUGUGGACAAGUCCGCGACUCCGUCUCUCAAGGGUGUCAAGCCGGCGGAGAAGGACGAACCCGAGACGCCGCGGUUUGACUUGAGCCAGUUCCUGGAUUCCAAGGUGUAGUUAGCCCUCGUGUAUGUUGUUGUACUUUCUCGGACGGUAUCUGGAGCAUCAUUUGU